AUGGAUCCCAGCUACAAGGAGGAGGCAGCCCAGGUGGGGCGCUGCACAGUGGUGGUGAAUGUGGUGGGGGGUGUGUGCAGCGUGCAAUGCGCAGUGUGGCAGGGGCGUGGCCACACAACCCCUGUGCCUCCACCCACCCACCUCCAACUCCCACCAUCCCAUGCCAGCUCAUGGACCUCAGCUUCAAUCGGGGCGCUGCAUAGUGCUGGUGAACGCGGUGGGGGAUGUGUGCAGCAUGCAGAUGUGAGGAGGAGUGGGCAUGUUACCCCCACCAACCUAACUCCUGUGCCUCCAACCUCCUGCCUCCAACCGUCUCACAACGCCUGUGCUGCCUCCAACCUAGCCCCGGUGCACCCCUGCCUCCCACCCCAGGUCAUGGAUCCCAGCUACAAGGAGGAGGCAGCCCAGGCGGGGAGGUGCACAGUGCUGGUGAAUGCGGUGGGGGAUGUGUGCAGCGUGCAGAAGGGCGGGGGUGUCGGGGUGUCACUCCCCCAGCUCAUGCGCUGCUGCCGUGUCGCUGCCUCUGUGGCCCAACACAUGAUCAAAACGCUCACUGAUAAGGUGGCAGCACUGGCAGCAGAGCGGCAGCGGAGGAAAGUGAAGCGACAUGCCUCCCCUGCUGCCGGUGCAGCAGCAGCAGUGGGACUGGACACAGUGGCAGGGGGCGCAGAGGGGGCAGGGGGGCUGAAGGGGGGUGUGAUUGGUGCGGCGGAGAUUGCUGCCGUGCAGAGGAAAGGAGGGGGCGUGCGGGCAGGGCAGGCAGGUUGUGAUGGUGAUGGUGGUGGUGAUGGUGAUGGUGAUGGUGGGAGGGUGAAGGAAGAGCACAUGGAGGACGAUGAAGGGGAGGAGGGGGAGGAAGGGGAGGAGGGGGAGGAAGGGGAGGAGGAAUCAAGUGAUGGGGAGGAUGGUGAUGCCUUCACUGCUGCCUGCCUGUGGGCGUUAAGUGCUCCAUGGGGUACCAUUGAUGGUACCAUUCUCAUGGGCAUGGUAUUGUCCUUCAAGGCAUGCUCAAAGGCUGGGCACCCCUGGCUGUGCGCAUUUGUGGUGCUUGCCUGCCUGACUGUGUGUGUGGUUGUCGUGUCGCUUUGUGUUGGCUCAUGGUUCACAUCACAUCACAGGUUGCAAGAGGAGCGUCACCACAACAAGAGCAACAAGGGAGCAACAGCAGCCCGCCUGGGAUCGGAACUAGACGCCAUCGCCGACCUGCUGCCAUCCACUGCCGCCCCUCCUGCCCCUACCUCCAAGGCCUCUGCCGCCCGGGCCGUGCCAGCUGCUGGGAAAGGUGAAGGGGAUUUGCCAGCGGCAGCGGCAGCGGCAGGUGCAGGGAGCAGGGUGAAGGAGGAGUCUCUCACACUGGCUGAUGCCGUGAAGAAGCCGAAGAAGAAAAAGAAGAGCAAGGCAGAGCAUUGA